UUCUCGGAUAACCUCACCCGCCAACUCAUCGUCAACCGUCUCCCAGUUGCGACAAAUCCGACAAGAUGGCCAAGUCCAAGAACGCGUCUCAGCACCACAACAGCCAGAAGGCUCACCGUAACGGUAUCAAGAAGCCUAAGACCCACCGUUACCCCUCCCUCAAGGGUGUUGACCCCAAGUUCCGCCGCAACCACAGACAUGCUCUGCACGGCACCAUGAAGGCGCUGAAGGAGCGGAACCAGGGCAAGCGUGAGGUCGCAUAAAUCAACUAAUACCAAAAUCGAAAAACGAACGGGAGCGAUUUGAGUUGGUUAUAUGAAACGUGCGAUGAACCCAGACACGUCAUGUCGGAAAUGCCUGGCUGGUUCCGCGCGACGGUUGUUAAAUAAAGCAAUUUGAUUCGAUUCCACGACAUGGCCUGAAAGCUCUGUCCUGAUCUUCCCUUGUUCCGUGCGGUCAAGUAGAUUUCGUUUUUGUUUUGUUUUGUUUCGCAUUCUUCGGCUCUCGAGUCUUGAUGAUCUCGGAGUCUCAGGCAUAUGUGUGUACAGCUUCGUGCCAUUUUUAUGCGCGCUUGCUGAAGGAUUUUUCAACGUGCCAAGAGCAAUUGCCCUCCAUCUUACCAAACACCCUUCCUCUUUCUCGUGGCGAAAGGGUGCAUGGAAGGAGAGCUACAUCUCGUAAUCUUUUUUUGAAAUGAAUUUAUAUUUAUAUCCG